AUGAAGUUCCUAGAAGUUUUACUUGUGUCUGUGACUGCUGGACUGGCAGCAGGAUCCCCUCCAGAAUUCAUUCAUCAUUUCAAGAGACAAGGCAUCCAGUACUUCGGAAAGUGUUCCCAGGAUCAGACACAAGGCAUCUUUGUUGACUACCCAAACCAGUGUUACUCUGCCUUCAACAGCCUCAAGGAAGCAUCUGAGAGUGACACAGACAACCCCAUCGUGUACCAGGACCUGUACUCCCAGUUGUGCAGUCACCAGUGUACAGACCAGAUCAUGACUUUUGCCCAGGAGUGUGAGGUCCCACAGUACACUGACCCUCUCCUUCACGCUUGUGACCAGAACGCUGUCACUGGGGACUUCUGUCUGGCAGCUCGUCACAUAAAUGACGGAUCACAAGCUGCCACUGACUGCUACACUGCUAUCACCACUGGCAAGUGCUCUAAGUCCUGCUAUACAUCCCUGGAGCAACUGCAGAAAGAUCUCGGCUGCUGUGUUAAUUCCCUCUUUAACACCUCAACCUAUGGAAUGGACCGGCUUGGAGUGGCGUCCCACGAGCUCUGGAAGCUUUGCCACGUGGACGAGUUGCCUCAAUGCAGCAAUUCCCUUCUCACCCUUGCUUUUUCUGGUGCACCAAGACCACACAUGCCCCUUGCACUCAUAACGUUUCUCACUACUAUCCGUGCAAUACUAUUGUAAAAAUGCUAACAUUAUUAUUAUCUGACAUAGAUUGUAUUGUUUUUGUGAUUGUUCAUAAUGCCUAUAGCUGAUUUGUAGUCAUUACGAUGAAUCUAACUGUCC